AUGGGUGGUGAUAAUGGCUUUGGUGCAGCAUAUGGUACAGCUAAAGCAGGAGUUGGUCUAUCAAAGAUGGGAGUGUUACGUCCGGAUCUUGUAAUGAAAGCUAUUGUUCCAAUUGUUAUGGCUGGUAUUAUCGGUAUUUAUGGUCUGGUAGUAUCGGUCCUGAUUUCCGAUGGACUGAAACAGAGGAUGGCUUUAUAUACUGGAUUUAUCCAACUGGGUGCUGGUCUAAGCGUAGGAUUGUCCGGACUUGCUGCUGGUUUUGCUAUCGGUGUUGUUGGCGAUGCAGGCGUACGGGCUACUGCACAACAACCAAAGCUCUUUGUUGGAAUGAUUCUUAUUCUCAUUUUCGCUGAAGUCUUGGGUCUUUACGGGUUAAUUGUCGGGUUGAUUUUGAAUACCAAAGCAAGCGGCGGUGAUGUUGGAUGUAGCUGA